AUGGGCCAGCGGGGAUGGCUUAUAGACUGGGUGCUCACGCGUCUCCGAGGGUACCCUCGUCCCGCGCUAGAGGGGAUGCGUUUAAGCCCAGGAGCUGGCGCAGACAAUGGCUUGAUGAUUCAAUUCUUUACAUGGGACAGCAAGCACCCCAGCAUGAGCUGGUGGCAGCACUUCGAGUCGGAAGUGCCGCGGCUCGCUGAGCUGGGCGUCACGCAAGUCUGGCUUCCGCCGCCGAACAAAGCAAUGAAAGAGACUGGGCAAGGCUACGAUGCCUAUGAUCUGUGGGACUUAGGUGAAUUCGACCAGAAGGGCACCGUCGCCACUAGAUGGGGAACGGCAGAAGAGCUUGUGCAUGCCAUCGAGGUGGCGAAAGCUCACGGCAUUGACGUCCUCAUAGAUGCUGUCAUGAAUCACAAGAUUGGCGCAGACAGGACCGAGACCUUCCAAGCGGUCCCUGUAGAUCCUCAGAAUCGUCUUAGAGACUUGACGCCCCCGAGAGAGAUCGAGGGUUGGACACUGUUCGACUUUCCGGGGAGGAACGGUCAAUACAGCACGUUUCGAUGGACGCAAGAGCACUUCACUGGCCUGGACUGGGAUCACAAGAAACAGAUGAAGGGUAUCUAUCGUAUCGUCGGGGGCUCGCACAAGGGCUGGUCGAAGUUCGUCGAUAGCGAACUCGGGAACUACGACUACCUGCUUGGAGCCGACAUUGACCAUCGACACCCCGAUGUCCGCCAGGAUCUCUUCGCCUGGGGGGAAUGGGUACUCAAGACAACAGGCGGAGCCGGCUUCCGUUUAGACGCUAUCAAGCAUAUGGAUCGUUACUUCCUGCUUGACUUCCUCAAGCACAUGCGGCAAGUGACAGGCAGGGGCGACCUGUUCGCGGUGGCGGAGUACUGGUCGACGAACGUGAAGCUCAUCAAACCCUACAUCUAUGCGUUCCAAGGCCUGGUGACAUUCUUCGAUGUUCCGCUGCAUGACAGUUUCUACCGGGCCUCGAAGGCUGGUCCCCGUUUUGACCUGAGGACCAUAUUCAGCAACACAGUUGUGAAUUUUAGACCCGGAGACGCUAUCACGUUUGUGGACAACCACGAGUACCAAAUCGGACAAAGCCUCGAGAGUUGGGUCGGUCCCAACUUCAAGCUCCAGGCCUACGCUCUCAUCCUCCUCCGCGGUGAGGGCCAUCCAUGCGUAUUCUACGGAGACCUCUAUCCCAACGAGGAAUGCUAUGACCCCCGCGUGGCCAGUGGCCUGCAGCUUCUGAUGGAGGCGCGGAAGAAGUAUGCCUACGGCGACCGCACGGACUAUUUCGAUUCGCGGAACUGCAUCGGUCUCGUGCGUACGGGCGACGGUCAGCAUGGCGGAUGCGCAGUGCUCGUCAGCAAUGCUAAUCCCGGUCAUGGUGCUCAAGACGCUAUGCACAGCGUACGUAUGAACGUUGGAGCGAACGUUGGACCGAGUACGUUCGGCCCGCUGUUCGGCACUGGUAGCGUCGAUGUCUCUGGAGAUGGAUGGGGCACGUUCACCUGCUCGCCCGGACAAGUGCAGGUAUGGGUCAAGCGCGACCCUACAUCCUAGGGAAGCCUGGUGUAGCAUCGGUCCCUACAAGAUCUCAGCCUAAGCCUCCUCUUUUCUUUUACUCACAUCUCAUCACUCCGAAUGGAUGGUAUCUCAGGACUCUAUCAAUAACUCAUCUAGUGACCAUCACUGAUUCAGGACCGACGUGCAUUGAUGGAUGUAUAUGGCAAUGAAGAUGAUUGGAAGUGCGUGCUUUGCAGACAUGCACAUAACGACUUGAAGAUGUACGGCGGCGAGCACUACUGUUCAAACGUCACGUCGGAAGCAAGAUAAGGACGCCCUAUUUUCUUGCUGCAGACUGUAGAAGCUCAGAGAGGGUUGCAGGACGAGGACCCUUGUGCUGUCGCAUCUC